UCUCACUGCAAUUUACAUAAACUAUAUUUAGAGAAGCUGUCACAUCAUUUUCAUAAAAGUAAGAAUCAUUUCUUCAUUUCAGUAUGGGGAUUUUCAGUAAUUUCUCUGUCCAUGUAAAGGGGAAGGAAGGUGGUGUGGCUCUUAUUUUCAACCACAGUAAUAAAGAACACAGUUUGUCCUCACAUAUUUGAUGAACCUGCUGAUUAAAUGUGGACAGGAGUAGCAGCUAUGAGUUUAUCUGCUGCAGCGAGUGGAUUUGUUGUCUUCCUUCUCGUUGUACAAGGUAAUGUACUUCUACAUGAACACUUUCAGGCGGCAACAUCUCCUGACACUUGAACAGUAUUAUAAACCUUAAGAACGUGAAUGUUACAUUUCAUGCAGAUUUUUUUUUUAGGACGAUGUAUGGAUUGAUCUAUCUGGAAUCCUCUAAAUGGAACUGUAGCUGGUGUAUAAAUGAAUCAGAGUUUAUUCAGAGGCUGUUUUUUCUGCAAUAACAUUAUUGUGGAAAAUACAUUAUUAAUAAAACAGCUAGGGUCUAUAUAAGGUUCUCCAUGUCUCAAGGAAUUAUUUUUCACAGGAUUUGUAAACUAAAUAAGACAAGCUAAAGUAGUUUGAAUUAAUAUUUUAAUAUUGUUGGUAAAAAAUGAAUGACUAAUGUCAAAAAUGUUUGAUUGCAGUACUAAACUUCUUUGGAAUUAUCAGAUGACACAGCACCUCUCUAUACAGAGUAUUUUACUGUCUUUCAGCUCAUUAUUUUGGUGUUUUGACUUAAACUCAUCAUGGCUCUCAUCAGUUGUUUUUCCAGCAGGGAAAUCAUUACAGUGUAAACUAGUUAAAGGUCCCAUAUUAUGCUUUUUCUGGUUUUAUAUGCCCUUUAGUGUGUUUUCCAAGUGUCCUGUGCAUGUUUAGGCACAUCUAUGUGCAAAAAUUCAAAGUCCGCGGAAACGCAGCUUCUCCUACGUCCUCCUGUUCUAGCCCCCCUCGAUAAAAAUUUGUCAGUGCGACGUCAUUGUCAGUGUGAGAUCACUGAUCUAAGCCCAUUGGCUCGUUGUGGCAAGCCCUGCAGCUCAUGUUGAAAUUUCCGAGAAGCGUGCUGAGCAACUGACCAAUAACGACAGAGCGGAUCGGUAGACCAAUCAGAGCAGACUUGGCCCACGUGGGGUCUAACAGUGUGGGCUCAACAGAGCGUAGCUGACGGACUCAGAGCGUAGAGGGAGCAAGGAGGAGCAGUACAUGAAAACAGACACUUUUUUCUGACUUUAGCUAUUGUGAACGUACAAAAGUAGGUACAUAGAUUAAAUAUACGAACCCCAAAAAGGGCAUAAUAUGGGCUCUUUAAAACCAAGCGGCAACUUCUGAGGUUGAAAAAUGAAGCCAAUGCAUAAGUGUAAAAUCCUGCAGUGUGUCGAGUGUCCGCUUAAGGCUGGCUCCAAGAACCACCGAAGUCAAAUACACAUUUGUGAUUUGAUUUUAUGAACGAUACGUGUCAUCCAUAGUUUACGGGUCUGGCCCAUAGACUUUAAACAAAACCUGUUAUGCAAAAAGAACUGCAACAUCCUUUCUGCAGCAUUUAGGUGCUAACUUAAGUUUCAACAUGUUAAAAGAAUUUGGAAAUAGGUAAAAAUAAAGAUAAAUAAAACACAUCCAUUAUUCUAAAUGUUAUGUUCAGUUUUAGUUAGGAUAAGACUGCUGAACAUAUUUGUCCACACUCUAGUGUCCAACAAUAACAUGUUCUGGAAAUAUUAGCCCUGUCUCACACUGACCUUAAGUCAUGGUAAGAGUUUUUAGCACUUCUAAUGUAAAUGAAAGUCUGUCUUCUGAUGUUUUUAUUAUUUUAGUUGUGUUUCCUGGUGUGCUCUGUGUUACAGUGGUUCAGAGUCAGAAUGGCUUGAGAGUGACUUACAGUCGUACCAAAAUCUGUGCCAUAAAAGGAGCAACAGUGGAACUAAGCUGCGUCUACAUGUACCCAUCCACAAGAAAUAGCCCGUCUACAGUCGAUAAAUCCUUCUGGUUUACCAAAGAGCAGAAUAACGAAUGUGUUGAUUUGACAACAGACUCACAGUAUGCAGAUCGUGUGAUGCACAAAUGUGUUGGGACGCGCUGCACUCUGAGAAUCACAAACUUGAGAGAAAGCGACUCGGCUAAGUACAAGUUUAGGUUGAUAUCAAACCAACUUAAUGGAAGAUACACUGAUGAGCCUGGAGUCUUGUUGUAUGUCACAGAUCCAGAUCUCAAGGUGCAGGAGAUUACAAGUUACCUGAAGUGUCACAGCAGUUGUCCUUUACCUUAUCAUUACUCCUAUGUCUGGUACGAAAAUGGACAGGAAAUGCCAGCAGUCAGAUACUCUUCCUAUUCAGGCCCCUCUGUAUAUAAGAGCUAUACAUGUGCUUUGAAAAGAUUUGAGGAUUUCCCCUCUCCUCCUGUGUGUGCCAAAGGUAAAACCUGCAACAAAGUGACGUAUGCUGUCCGAGCCAUCUGUGCCUCCAAAGGCUCAUCGGUGGCCAUUUCUUGUACUUACAACAGUUAUGGAAGGAUCAUUUCAAAAUCCUGGUUCAGUCCUGGACUGAGUCACCAUUCGGGAUAUCAUAUGCGACCUGAGGACCUCAGUAGAGACCCCAGGUAUACAGGUCGCUUGCAGGUCUUUGACAAUGAGAUGGGACACACCACUUUGAGUAUCUCUGCGCUGAAUGAAAGCGAUUCAGCCCAGUAUCGUUUCAAAUUCAGAACAGAAAGAAGUGGAUGGAGGAGUGAUGUACAUGGUACAACUCUGACUGUCACAGCUUUACAGGUACAGGUGACUAGAAUAGCAGCCCACCAAUUUUACAUUGAGGCAGAGCUGAGGUGUCACAGCAGCUGCAGUGAAGCAAGUCGUCUUCCAUAUGGGUGGUUCAAGAAUGGAAAGCAAUUGAUCUUGCAGGAUAAAUCUUCUUAUAAUGACUUUUUUUGUCUUGAAGACGAAAUCUCCUGUGCUUUAAAAGGACAUGAAGGAUUUCCCUCGCCUUCAGUGUAUGCUCCAAAGGUUACCUCAGUGUUGCUAAAUCCCCCUGGUGAGAUCAUGGAGAACUAUUCUGUCACUCUGACCUGUAGCACUGAUGCUAACCCAGCUGCUAAUUACACCUGGUACAAGAAGAAUGGAGAUUCAGACUUUCAGCCUUUCAGUGAAGAGCCUCAGCUUGUCUACAGUUCCAUUCAAUCCUCUGACUCAGGAGAGUAUUACUGUGCAGCUGAGAAUGAGCUGGGGAGAAGGGAAUCUGGACACGUCAUCAUUAAUAUACAACAUGCUCCAAAGCAUCCCUCAGUGUCAGUGAUUCCCCUUGACGAGAUAAUGGAGGGCAGUCCAGUGACUCUGACCUGUAAAAGUGAUGCUAACCCAGCAGCUACUAAUACCUGGUACAAGGAGGGCAAAUCACUAGUUGAAGGAAAAGAAGGCAUUUAUUAUUUCACCUCUAUCAGGUCUAUGGACAGCGGGAUCUACUCCUGCAAGUCUGAGAAUAAGUAUGGUCAGAGGAACUCCUCAAGAUUACUUAUAGAUGUUCAGUACGCUCCAAGGCUUCCCACUGUGUCAUCAAGUCCAGCUGUUGAAAUAAUGGAGGGUAGUAUGGUGAACCUGACCUGCAGCAGUGAUGCUAACCCAGCAGCCAAAUACACCUGGUACAAGAUAGAUGAAAACACACCAAUAGCAUCAGGACGGAUCUUCACAAUCAACGACAUUGGUUCUGAACACAGUGGGAGUUAUUUAUGUGAAGCUCACAACAAAAGAGGAUGCCGUAACUCGACAUUGCAUUUGGUUGUUGUUUCAGAUUCAAGGACUUCAGUAACUGUUGGAUCACUCACUGUUAUUUUUCUGGUUAUCAUGUUGCUUGCCAUCUUCCUAUUGAUAAGAAGAAAGAUGUCCUCAAAAGAAACCAACCAGACUGGAAAGAGGGCAGACAACAAAGGACAGCUUAAUAUGGAUUUGGUUCAUGAAAACUCUUCAGCAUCAGCACAUGGACAACCAGAUGAGGAGCAGGAAGAUCUUUAUUAUGCCAGCGUAAGCUUCUCAAAGAACAAGGAAGACCCUAUCUACUAUAACGUUGUGCAAGCUAAGCUAACCAGACCCACGAAUAAGAAGGAAAAAGACGAGGAUGAGGAAGAAGACGAGGAUGAGGAAGAAGAUGAGGAUGAUGUGGAAUACACUGUGGUCAACGUUAAGAGUGCAAAUGCCAUUUCAGAACUAAGAUGUCAGGAGAAAGUAGAAGAUUCAUCUGCACUGUACAGCACGAUCACCAAGUAACCAAGAGUACCAACACCAUAAAAUUGUGUGCUUCGUUACCUCACAGUGUUUAAGAAGAAAUUUAAGAAUAAUUCUCUGGACCAAUCAAGUCAGUAGCAAAGAAUGAUUGGCACCCUGUCAAAAUGAAGAAACACAAAAACAACCUGAGCUUCCUCUAUUGCAUUCUCAAGUUUAUUUGUGGAGAAUCUGUUUGCAUGUCUUAUGAUUCUUGCCAUAUUUGAUGUUUCUAUUUAAGCACUUGCUAUGCAAGUUUUUAAAAUACUUAAUAAAAGGAAUCUAGGGACCCAGCCGACAAAGGAACUGCAGUUUUGAGUAUUUUAGCAUUUACUUCAUUUUUCAUCCCCAGAGGAAGGCACUUGGUUUAUACUCUGUGAUACAAGACCAUGGUCAUCCGUUCUGCUGGAAUGCCUUCAACCUGGUUAAACUGUUUGCUCAGUUCUCCGGGUGACAUGUGUAAAACUGAUAACUGUUUUAAAUGUGUUGUAAUAACCUCCAGCCUUUGAUAGAGUACAUGUAUCUGUUAUCUAGCAGGUUGUCAGUUCAUUAUGUAUAAAGCUCACACAUAAUUAGCUUACUCCGUCUUUGAAAAUAAUAUCUUUUACACAAUAUUUAUGAACUUUCUAUUAAGUUUCUUUUUUUAAUAUCUCUUUUCUUAAUGUCAAAUAUUUCAUUGUAUAUUAUGCCUCUGCUCAUUAUCCUGAAGCUGUUGAAUCUAAUAUUUGAAAAGAAAUACAGACAUCAAGUUAUUAAAUUAUUUCCCCGAGCUGUAAAGAUUUUCAUGCAUGCUGAUCAAUAAUAAAUGUACCAAGAAACCAA